CGUCAAUCCCAAAGUAGUUGCCAUCGCGAAUGGGGACGGUACAAUUUGUUGACUCGGCCAUGUUCGAUCCAGUAAUUGUUGGCCGUACUGUCGCGUCUCAUCUUUCCCGCUGGGUUUCCACCAAGCUCGUCGGUUCCCCUCCACAAUUGUGCUGUGGCAUUUAGCUUUAGAACUACAGAGUGGUUCCACUUCUGUUGUCGCGAGGCGGGCUUACAAGCACUGAUAUAAGUAUAUGGCGCCUGAAAUGCCAGACUUUAGCAGAAUCCCUUUCGUUUUGGUCUCUCCAGUGAUAUGAAAUGCAUUCAACACCAAGCUCUUGAAAGAUGAGUGCCGACGCCGAAGAGCAACAGCGAGAGCAAGUCGAGACUACAGACGUGAUCAUCUGCGGCUGUGGUCCGACGGGUGCUAUUCUCAGCGCCCUGUUGGGACGGAAAUCCGUCAAGAACGUCGUGCUCGAGCGGGAGAAGGAGGUUGUGACGGAUCCGCGAGGCAUUGCGCUGGAUGAAGAUGGAAUUCGACUUUUGCAGGAGAUCGGCCUGUACGACAAAGUGCACGGCGAAAUCGGAGAGUGUCUCGCACAGAUCUACUUCACGUCCGGCAGGGAGGGGUUGAUGACGAAGCCGUUCAUGCACAUGGACAUGUCGACGACCGAAGGAGGUAGCGGUCAUGUCGGCGGAAUCUGCCACAAACAGCCUGUGAUGGAGAAGUAUAUACGACAAGUUGCGAGGGGUUGUCCGAGUUCCGAGUUGAGACUGGGUUGUACGAUUACGGAGAUCGCUGAGGAUAAGGACUCGGUGAGGGUCAAGUAUAUCGACGAUAAGGGGGAGGAGAGGUGGUUGAGAGGCAAGUUCCUUGUUGGAGCGGAUGGAAAGACCGGUUUUACGAGGAAGCGCUACUUGGAGCCGAAGGGUGUGGUGCUGGAGACUCUUUCUGGGUACGAAUACCAGGAGACGUGGGUCGCUGUGAAUUAUCAUAUGGAUCUGCCGACGCCGGAGAUGCAUCCUGAUUUCCCGCUGUGGAAAUUGGGAUAUACGCCGCAGGAUGUAUACGAUGCGUUCUUCCCUACGGGAUUCAGAUUCAUCGGCAAUCCGGACAGACCGUCGGUUUGUGGAACCUUCGGCCCGAGGAAAGAGAGGUUGUGGCGGUUCGAGUAUGUCGUUGACAUCCAGAAAGGAGAGGAUCCAGUGGAGAUGGCGACUUAUGAUAAGAUGGCGGCCGUCAUUUUCCCGUAUCUAACGCACCCUGGAAAACGAUAUGGGUUGAAAGACCCAGUGCAGUAUCCCACGGAUUGCAUCCAUGUCCUAAGGUCUAGGCCGUUCUCGUUCUCGGCCAGGAGUUGCAACAAGUGGUCAGUCGGAAGAGUGAUGCUCUGCGGUGACGCCGCGCAUGUUAUGCCCCCCUUUGGCGGACAAGGUAUAGCCUCAGGCUUCCGUGACGCCGCUGGUAUAGCGUGGAGACUUGGCCUAGCCUGCCGGUCUGGCUUCGACCAGAGUCACGAACGAUUGUUCAAUGGCUGGUGCCUCGAACGCAAACAACAGCUCGACCGAUCAAUUGCUGCGACCGUCGCGAAUGGAGAUCUUACUACGGCUAGGAGUCCGAUCAAGAUAUUCUUCAGGGACUGGAUACUUUGGUUCAUGCAGCUGGUCCCGAGCUGGAGACACAAACUGAGGCUAGGCCCACGAGCUAAUGGGAUGGGAAGGUAUAAUUACACCGAGGGAAUGGCGUUCUUGCCCGACCUCUUUGGCGGACGGCAGCUACCGCAGGUUUACUGUCAGGCUGUCGCUUCUGGUAAAGCUGCUGCAGCCGAGGUACAGUUUACUGACGAUGUGAUUUAUCGUCCCGAGUCGAGCUCCUUUUUGAGACUGCUUGUUCUUGUGGACGAUUUGGAGCAGGUGCAGAGGGCACGGGAAGAGUUGGAAAAGUUGAAGGUGGAGGAUGUUUCGGCUGGGGAGGUGAAGAUGGAUGAGGUCUGUUAUCUGGUGACAUCGCCCGACUGUGAGGCUGGAAGGUCAUCGGGGGCGAUGAUGGAUGCGAAGCAAAGAGUCUAUCGCUUGGCUACUGGUGAUGAAUUUCUGGCGUCGGGUCUGUGCAAGGAUCGUCCGCCUCCCAUAGGGUACGACAUGUAUCGGAUCAAGAAUGAGCUUGGAGGGAGGAGGUAUGUUUUGGUGAGACCGGACAGAUUCAUGUUCGCGGCAUGUUAUUCGGGGGAGGAGUUGGUGAGUGCUUGUAGGAGAGUUUCAAAGGCGCUGUACGGGAAGGCAGAGGCAGAGGCAGAUGGAGAGAUUGGAAUUAAGCUGUGAGGCCGGUCUGCGUCAUAUCGUUGGAAGGGUGUCGAUGAUUGUAUCGUCACUAUAUUAGGAUAUUUCUACCUUGCUUUCUGGGUUUCAUGCCUUGUAAAGCAAUAAGAAGAAAGAUAAAAAAGCCCAG